AUGAAAUUCUAUACGCGUCUGAGUGUAGCGGGAUUGCUGCUAUUGCUGGCACUUGGGGGCGUCAUUGUCGCUUCGGCCGCGUACUCGACAUCAUGGGGUCUUUUUGUCUUAUGUCCGUACGUGCUACUACCCAUGACAGCCGCUGUGUUCUCGAAUUUGGCAGGUGGUGAGGACCCGAGCGCCUGGACAAACUUUGGAUGCUUUUUCGAGGCGUUCCUGUGGACAAGCACGGUCGCUAUUCCUUCCAUUUUGUAUCGAGUUGACGCGCUCGACAUAUCUCAAGUCUGCUGGCUGAUGGCUUCGAGUGUGCUAGUGUUUGCAUCCUUCAUGAGUUUAGUAUUCACCAGUGGAGACUAA